AUGCCAUUCAUAAAUCUCUGUCAAGUAGCAGUCUGCGUCUUCUCGGUCUUCUCUCUAUUCUUAUUAAACCGCUCUUUCAGGCUCAGUAACCAAGGCAAGCAGCAGCCCCCGAGAAUGAUUACACAGUCUGUGUACAGCAUGUGCCGAAGCGACCGAACUGUCAGCUCGGAAGUCUCCAACAAUCCAACAAAAGCGCCGUACAAGGUCUUCAAGGAUCUGUACGAGCUUAAAGACGUCGAAAAGAGCCCAGAGUUAGCCGGGCACGAGAAGCAGGUGGAUAGUGAUGAACUGCACAAGGCCAAAGAGUGCGGGCACUGGGGAGGCGCUGAACCCAGUAGAUUGUUUCUUCGGAUCUAUCACGAUGCACUUGCUGCGCUGGGCAGGAAUCCGCUUGGAGGGGUGGUCUCUCCGCCGCUCAUGGGGAGCAAUGGCGUCGUUCCGCUGACGAUUGUUGCCCCGCUGCCGGAUAUCUGCCGACACAUGGCGAACUGCAUUGCUCGCGCGCGGAAGGAGGUGUUUCUCGCUACGAACUAUUGGAUCUUCUCCGAUGCGUCGACGCUAAUCACCAAUGCCUUGAAGGAGUUAUCGAGGCGCGCCGGAGAGCGCGGUGAGAAGGUUGUUGUGAAGAUUCUGUAUGACCGGGGGGAUCCUAAGCAGGUCUGGGAGAACCAUCUCACUGUCGACGAGAAAAAGUAUGCUGCUGGCAAGGUCAAUCUGCCGGCGACAGAUGAGAUCCCCCACCUAGAUAUGCAAGUGAUCAACUACCAUCGGCCCAUUUUUGGAACUUUUCACGCCAAGUUUAUGAUCGUAGACAGACGGGUUGCGUUGCUGCAGAGCAAUAAUAUCCAGGAUAAUGACAAUCUCGAGAUGAUGGUUCGUGUUGAAGGGGCGGUUGUGGAUUCCUUAUAUGAUACGGCGCUGAUAUCUUGGGGGAAAGCGUUGGAGCCGCCGUUGCCUAUGCUUUACUCGCCAGCAGCGGAUGCUCCAUUACCAAGCGCUCAGGUGUCCAUCAAUGGCCAUUCUGAGGAAAAUGGCUCUCUGCGACAGCAUACGACUGAAGACGAGAAUUACGAUGCGGACAUCACCGCCGAAACAAGGAGAGUAAACGGAUUGCUAACGCCGAAGAAAGGAGAGACACGGACGCAGCCGGUCACUCGUCUACUCAACCACACCCGUCAGAAGUCGACAACGGGUGAUGCGUCCGACGAAGAUCAAGAAGACCAGAUGGAGCCCUACAUCCUCACCCCACAACACGAACCAUUCUCAAUGGCGCUGUUAAACAGAGAACCAUACGGAUUCCCGGACCAUACGAGUACAGUUGUGCCACAGAACGCAGCAUGGCUGGCCGCAAUCAACCACGCUGAACGCUCAAUAUUCAUUCAAACACCCAACAUGAAUGCCGAACCACUGCUAGAACCUCUUCUGAACGCCGUCCGCCGCGGCGUAAUCGUCACGUGUUACCUCUGCUUAGGCUACAACGACGCGGGCCAACUCCUCCCCUUCCAAAAUGGAACCAACGAGAUGAUCUCCAACCGAUUAUACACGUCCCUUGAGACAGACGAAGAGAGAUUCCGGCUGCGGAUCUUCAACUACGUCGCCAAAGAUCAGACGCGCCCUAUCCACAAUAAGUUCAAGAAACGAAGCUGCCACAUCAAGCUGAUGAUCAUUGAUGAGGCGGUCGCUAUACAAGGAAACGGUAACCUUGACACCCAGUCCUACUACCACAGCCAAGAAGUCAAUCUGCUUCUCGACUCGGCGCUCGUCUGCCGGACCUGGCUUGAUGCGCUUAGCCGGAACCAGAAUACAGCGAAAUACGGUCUAGUCAGUCCUGAUGAUGGCUGCUGGCACGACCCGGCGACUGGUGAGAUACCCGAGGGGUCGAUCGGGCUAGAUCCGGGGAGGUUUGCUUGGGCCAAGGGGGCAGUGGGGGUUGUGCAUCGGGUUAGGGGGACAGCCGUCCCUUCUGACUCUGUGUACAUACAAUGCUUUGUGUAUGAGAUGUCGCUGAACCUAUAG